AUGCCUUACAGAUCAUCGAUUGCGUGCCUGCUGCUGCUGGCGGCGGCGAUGGUCGUUACGGGCGCGCCGGCAGCACAGGAGGGGGUCUUUGAGUUUGCGUCCACAUCGACCGCCAAGGUGCUGAUCAUCGGUAAGACCGCAAACAUCAAGAUCUUUCCCAACAAGACCAGCAGCUCGUACCUGACCCUGAAGUUCAACCGCAUUGAGGAGCUGGAUGAUGACGGCAAGGCCGUCUACGGCCACGCCAUCACCUCCCUGGCCGGCCUCACGCCCACGUAUUCGACCGGCGUGCGCACCUCUGGUGACACCGAUUACACAUACGUUAAAAUGGUGUACGACGGCGCCGCCCUGAAGAUGGGCGAGUGCCCCAGCGAGGACAAGCUGGAGGAGCUGGGCCUAGGUGCACCCGGCCCCGCAGGCGCCAGGGCCCCCGCCCCCGCCAAGGCGGCCCAGGCCAGCAAGCAGGCCGCCGUCGUCGCCGAGCGCGAGCAGCAGCCGUACGCCGACGGGCAGCCGAUCAAGACGCUCGGCGAUAGCAAGCUGGCCGCGACGAUUGCGCAGCUGACCGCCGUGACCAUCGACCCGCCCCCGCGCCCAGAGGCGAUGAUGACUCGCCGUCUGGCCGAGGCCGUCGUCCUGGCGCCCCAGCAGGCGCCGGCCAGCGUGCUUCCGUCGAAGCUCGUGAGCUACACCCGGGCCAACGGCGCACAGCUCGCGCCCAUGCAGUCGAUCGUGGCGCCGACCGUCGGCGCGGACGGCCUGACCAAAGACGGCAAGGACCCCUUCGCCCCUCUGGUCACCGUGGCCCCCGGCCGCACCGCCGGCCAGGUCAGCGUGGUCACCGGCCCCGUGGCGCGCGGCACCGUGGCGCCGGCGGUGACGACCGGCGGCGCGCCAUCGAUCACCGUCACGUUCUUCUUCGGCAUGACGGCAAACAAGACGUUCGCUUAUGGGAAGGGCAACAGCAUCAACGUGCCUGCUGAUGGCGUGAAGUUUAACAUUGAGGCCGCAAACUGGCCCUUCUGCUCGCCCCUCAACAGCCUCAAGUUUGAUAUCGCUGUGGCCACCAACAUGCAGGAGGCCGCGCAGGCCCAGAUCACCGCCGAUCCCACUGCCGAGGUCGCCAACCCCAGCGCGAUGAUCACAGACAUGUACGCCGCACCCACACGGCACCUUAUGCAGCCCGGCGACAUCAGCGGCUCGUUCCUCGACGCGGAGUCUGCCAUCGCGCUCGCGCUCGCCAGCGCAGGCAAGCAGGCAAAGCUUCCCACCAAGACAGUGAAGCUUCUGGUGUCCACAACAAAGGCAGUUUCCAUCGACUGCCCGACGGUGGCGUACCCUGCAGUGGGCUCGGCCAUCAACAGCAGCGUCGCCAUAGGGCUCAUCAGCACGAGCGUGAUCUCCUCGGACGCCACCGCCAGCAAGAUCGCGAACGCGACGCUCGCCGCCGUCUCAUCGGCCAACUCGUUGGGCGGCAGCAGGCUGUCAAUCACAUUUCCCUAUUUCGAGACCCUCUACUAUGAUCCCGUGGUCUCCUUUGGCAGCAUCGAGGGCAUGAGCGUGAACGACAUAGCCCCCCAGAGCAACUGCACCGGCGUCGUCUGCGGCCGCGCACCCGAGCGGCGCACCAACGCAGCCGUAGGUCUCGGCAGCGCAGCCAAGGCCGCGGCGUUGGCAGCGGCAGCGGCAUUGAUUGCGCUGCUGUGGUGA